AAUUUCAAUAAUGUUCUUCAACAUAACAGAUGGUCAAGAUGUCCAGUGGGCUACUUUCUCUCAAGUGGAAUCAUCACAGAUCCACAUUCCUGCACGUGCUUGCCAACAUACGACGGAAGGAGUCGUACAGCGAUGUCACCCUGGCAUGUGCCGGCAAGUUUUACCCCGCGCACAAGUUGGUCUUGUCAACCUGCAGUGAAUAUUUCGAGGAGAUGUUUGAGAGAACACAGUGUAAGCAUCCUGUUAUAGUUCUCAAAGACAUUGGUGCUGACGAUCUUGAGGCUUUGUUAUCUUACAUGUAUGAUGGUGAAGUGAACGUAUUGCAAGAGAAUUUAUCUAGUUUAAUUAAAGCAGCCGAAUGUCUCAAAAUAAAGGGCCUUGCGGUAGCUGACAGUGAUCCAACUGACAGAACAAAGGAGAAAAAACUGCAUCCAUCAAGUGGCAGCUCCAUUAAUGCUAACAGUAAUAUUAACAAUAGUAAUAGAGAUGUUCAUAGAAAUGAGAAGAGGCCAGUCAAUGGAAGUGGCAUCAAAAGAACUAAUGUAAAUAGUAGCUUUUCUGAAGACGUUGCACAGCCAAUAAAGAGAAGACGACCAGACUCCCGCACUCCCCUCAACACAUCAGCGUCUUCUGAGGAACAAGAAGCUCCUGUGACUUCUAAUGAGAGUGCUGCUGCUCCUGAACCUGCCUCUCCUGUAGGUGAAGAUGGUAAUAAUGGCGGCAGUGGUGGUGAAAGUCAGCCUGGGGAUGAUGCCAAGUCUGCUGAGGCAUCAGAAGAGGCCAACAACUUUCUCCAGGACCUGAAUGUAGACGCGGGCGUGAAGGCGGAGCCCGUGGAGGUCCUGGACGCGGAUGACCUCACAUUUGACGGCAGAGAAGACGAGGACGCGGGGCCUGACCAUCCUGGUGAGGACCUCCCCGACUUCACUGAAGAAAAGUUCUCUGGAGGUGAAGGCGAGGACCCCUCCCUCUGGGGCGGUACUGAUGAAACUGACCUCUUCUCUCAGCCGAGCACGUCGAAUUUCGGCGAGGAUGACGUUAAGAAGGACGCUGCAGGCGGAGACAAGAGUGGCAACACCUCGUCAUCGAUGGAUGGCAUCGAAAUGAGAUUGAGUUGUGUGGCAGCUUGUCCGGUCACUCUGUGUAUGGAUGGCUUGCCUCAACCAUCGUUGUCUUCGGUUCGAUCCUUGUCUUCAAUGGCUAAUCUCACGCACGAGGAUACAGAGACCGCCCUCAGUUGGCUACCUAAGUCGUACAAACCUGAAGCCCUGGGCGUUGAACCUAAUGUGCUGCAGAGCCGCACCACUAAACUCGACCAAGACGCCAAUUUAUCUUCUACAUUAAACGUGCGUGGAUCAGCGCCGUCAGACGAAGACUCUAACCACAAGGCACUGGCAGGGCGGUACCUGCAGGAGCUGCCGCCCGACAGCUUCACUAUAGCUUAUGUUGAUGGCCAGCCUCCUGAACCACUCGCUGAUGGAGCCACUUCUUCAGGCAACCUGAAAGGAAGAACCUACAUGUGCAAUUUGUGCGAGUACUCAACAACGCUUUUCGGUAACCUCAAGACUCACUUUCGCCAGCAUACCAAAGAGAAACCAUUUGCUUGUAGCAUGUGCGACUACCGAGCGCGACAGCAAAGCAACCUCAAAACUCACAUGCGAAAGCACACAGGCGAAAAGCCCUACGCUUGUGAGUUUUGUCCAUACAGGUCAAGCCAGCACAGCAACUUGAAGAUACACCGCAUGCAGCACACUGGCGAGAGGCCAUUCGCGUGCCCUAUAUGCCUUAAGAAGUUUUCGAGGCACGGAUACUUUCAUUCUCAUUAUUCGCUUCACCCUGAGCACUUCCAGCGUCCUUGUCCAUAUUGUUCAACAUGAAAAUGUGUUGUUGUUGAAUUCUGAUUUAUUUGAUCGUUUUUAAUGUUUUAUACAAAAGGCUUUUGAAUACUUUUUAAUGCUUUUAAAAAACACAAUUAAAAUCCUUGGGACUAGAUGAGGGAAACUGUAAUUUUUACCAAUCAAUGUUUGCCUCUGAGCAAAUCUGUUAGCAUUAAUAAGAUAUGCCGUGUGCUGAGCGCUGUUGAGUCAGUCUCUGAUGAAGUGUCUGGGCAUUGUCAUCUUUGCGUUAUUCAUUGCAAUCAGAGAAAUGAGGGGGACUUUGUUCAAAGUGAUACAAUUUUUUCCCUUUUGUGGGUCGUCAUGUCCAAGUUUGAUCAUGUAAAAAGGCGUGUUGGUGCUACCUGCAGGAAGUGUGUCGCUAUAAAAACAAUAUGACCUAUUAAUUUAAAUAUGUCCCAACUUUCGUGAGGGAAUUAUAUCUUAAGACAGCCCUCAGUAAAUGUUUACUUGCCUUUUCUGAACAAUAAUAUUCUAGAAUAAUAUGAAGAAGAAACUGAAACAUGCUGGGUUCUGCAUUCUUGGGAGAGUAUAUCAAUGGCGAUUCUCCUGCUUGCUGGUGCAAGAAUUCGUUGCAAAAAUUGUGUAUGCUCUCUGUACUAAUUUAUUGAGGUUAUUGUCAAACAUUUGUCCCUGGUGCGAUGUAAUUAGCCAGAAAUGCUGUAUGUUCCAUAGAAAAACGUUUCAAUGCGGUUUCAAUGUAAACAAUAAUAUAAUUUAGUCAUUAGCUGAUGUGUUUUGGCUGAAUUUACACCGAGUAACGUCACAGAAGGUAGAGAAAUCUUUAUCUUUCCAGGUCCUAUGAAUUUUGAUUGCUUCUAUAGUCUUGAAAUGUCUAUCCAAUCUAACCUGACACUUGAUUUAGACGCAAAUAAAAACUUGUGACUAUUUUCUCUUAGUUUAAUUCAUUUGAUUGGUCUUCAUUUAAUUUCGUUCCUCUAUCUGUUAGGUUGGAGAUUCACUGUAAUUUUCUUGCUUGAUAUAACACUGAUAUUCGUCAUGUCUUCGCUGACGUUGAAAAUUAGAACGGAGCGUUAAUAACAAAUUACUAUGCCAAUGAAAAACGUGAUAAAUAUGAUGACAUAAAAAUAUAAAGGCCUAUUUUUUGGGCUUCAUUUUAGCUUUUACUGUAUGUUCCGCUAGAGCUAGGGAGUAGGGUGAUUUUUUUAAGAUAAAGCCCAGCGCUACGCAGAGAUCUAGUAUAGUUGCAGCUACAUUCUACAUUGUUAAUGAAUAUUUUUUGCUUUAAUCAUAGGAUCACUUAUGCAAUCGCAUUGUUAUCAGAGUGUUUUAGAUUAUUUUUCAGCUGAUGAUUGAUUUUUCGGUCUUGAUGUUACACGUUUUCCUCGUAAUACUUUUUCAGCGCGGUGUAGAAGGACUCUAAUUCGGAUGAUUGAUCAUUCAAGUGAUAAUUUGGUAAUACGCAAUAGAUUUAACGCUUCUUCUAUCGUUUUUUUAUACUUUUUUCAUGGUUUUGUAGUUUGUUCUUAUUUUUUAGGCCACAAUCGAUGAAUAUAUUUGAACUGGUAGAGAAUAAACGAAGCUAUAGAAGCGUUUUUUUCAUCUACGCAACACAACGCAGCUUUUUGCAUCAGUUUGUCUUCGGAUGCUGUUUAAUCUGUAUAGAUGCUGCUUUACUUUUAGUAUCCCUAUUGCCGACAUAGCGCACAGUGCUAAUGUUUAACGAUGAACGUGGUUCGUAAUGACAAAAUUACUGUAGUUUUCAGAAGCUCCAUUUUAUUGAAUGCUUGGUUUGGAGUUUCUUGAUUGUUGGAAAAUGAGAGGGUUUGGUAAUUUCAUUCAUUAAGAAGGCCACACGAGAGUUGUGUGUAUUAUACGGGACAGCUUAAUGUUUCUUCUGACAAAAAUCGAGAUAGAAAAGAUGACAUCUACGUUAACGUCAGUGAGGAUACGAAAACCACAUUUUAUUGUUACUGAUACAUUCUUGAAUUAGCCAUUCUUCAAUAAUAUUUUUCAAUUAUAUCGUCAUUUUUGGGUGAAUUUCUAUCAAGUUAAGUUUUCAUAAUAUUGAACUUAUGCUGCUUACUUUAUCAGUUUGUCUGCUGUGUCAUAAUUGAAGUAGUCGAACCUGCCGCGACAUCUUAAAACUAGCUUAUUGAAUUGACUUUCGAAUGUCCUCUUGCUUAUUCAACAAGGCGUGAUUUAUUCUCACAGUUUUUAGUAUUAACGAUUUCAUGCAUUACAAAAUAUUGAUUAAAAUUGAGCAUGAAU